UUUAUCAUCUACUUUAGUCUUUGCUCUCCAAUUUCUACUCGCUCUUAAUUUUGUUAGAGACAUCUGAACCAUGGUUGCCGAUACCACUACUCCUCCCACUCAACAACUUGAAGAAUUCCCAAUCCUCGAGAACUAUGAUGUGUCAUCCUUCACAGGGUUUGCUCCUUAUCCGUAUCCAUUGGCAAGACUGACCCAGCCUUAUUACCAGCCGUGGGAGGAAAUUAUGGACCAAUUAAAUAUCUUAAUUGAUGCGCGGCUACUUAGGUCCGCCAUUGACCAGAUGCCUUUGUUGGAAGUAACUCGCCUUGAGACAAAGCGUGAGCAGCAGCGCGCUUAUACACUACUGUGCAUCCUCGCCCAUUCGUACGUUUGGGGAAGUGGUCUUGAUAUUGCUCAGUCGAUCCCAGAGCCUCUGGCUGUUCCAUGGCAAGCUAUUUCUGAUAUCCUUGAUAUUCCCCCAGUACUGACAUAUGCCAGUAAUGAUCUUUGGAAUUGGAAGCUUAAGGAUCCACAAGGCCCCUACGAUAUCGAGAAUCUUGAUACGAUUGUGACUAUGACUGGUACUGCAGACGAGACGUGGUUUGAUAUCGUCUCUGUGUCUGUCGAAGUCGAGGGUGGUGCAGCUCUACAGCCAUUAUUGGACGCUAUGCAAGCCGUACGUGAGGAUGAUCUACCUACGGUCACCGCCCAUCUCAAAGUCGCGCUCCUUCAGCUUUCCAAGGUCGGCAAGAUUCUGGCGCGCAUGUUUGAGAAAUGUGAUCCUGCAGUUUUCUACUGGAAGAUUCGCAAAUUCCUUGCUGGUUCCGAAAACAUGGCGACUCUUGGGCUACCCAACGGCCUCGAGUACAAGGGUGUGAGUGGUGGCCCCAAGCAUCACAUGGGCGCCACCGCCGGCCAAUCCUCCCUCUUUCCAUCAUUUGAUCUUAUCUUUGGUAUUGAUCAUUAUGACAGCAAUGGCAACAGUGCUGGUGCUAAUACUGGAAAGGCCCCAAAUACCCUAUUAGCUAAGAUGAGAGCUUACAUGCCUGGCCCACAUCGCGCCUUCUUGAGUCAUUUGGGCAGAGUCGCCAACUUAAGAGAUUACGUCCUCACCAAGAAAGCUCUCCUUGAAGACUCGGAGCAUAGCGUCCAGAUCAAGGAAUUGAUCGAAAACUACGAUGCCUGUGUACAUCAAAUCAAGCUCUUCAGAGAUACUCACAUUCAAGUCGUCACCCGCUACAUCCUGACCCAAGCCAGACGAGGUCCACCAGAGGGAUGGGAGGAUUACAGAGUCAAAGUCGAUACUAACGUGGAAGAGAAAAAGGCAGAAGGAAUUAAGGCCAGUCAGGACCAGCAGAAAGACGAAGGUCACGAGCCAGCAAUUCAGGGCACAGGUGGAAGUGACCUUAUGCCAUUCCUUAAAACUAACCGUGACGAGACCAAUGCAACAAAGUUGCUGCCAACCAUUUCUGCGAAUAAAUGAAGUGAAGCAACUCCAAACUUCAAAGUUUUCUUCCUUUGCACACAACUUGUAAAGUGUAUG